AUGGCAGGCGAUAAAGUUCAGAAACAAUUUCAAGUUAUCAAUAACACACUUGAACAGCUGGAAAGGCAAAUACUUAAAUAUAAGUAUAUGUUAGAUGAUAAAAAAAUUGACAAAAGACAUGUCAAUGAAUUUGAAGAAAGAAAGAAAAAAUAUGUGACUGAACUUAACAAUAUAGUGCAGGAGAAAAAAGAGAUGGAAAACAAACUUCAAGUUGAAAAUGAAAGGGAGAGAAGACAGAUGGAUGAGGAUAUCGAGAAAUUAAGAAGCCAACUAGCUCAAGCGAAAGACGAAGUUAUAAAAAUAAAAGCUGAAAAACUUAAAUUCGAAAAUGAAAUAAAGGAACAAAUAGAAAUGUAUAAAAAGGAUAAAGAACUGGUGGAAAAAAGUAUAGAUAAAUUAGGAAAGCAACUAACAGAGAUAAAACACGAUAGAGAGAAAUUAAAGAACAAUGUUGAAACUAAAGGAAUUGAGAUAGAAGAGCAAACAAAGGAGGCAAAAGAAAAGUACGACAAGGAGAAGGAAUUCGGUCUUGAGGAAUUGAAUAACAAAUCAACUCAAACACUAAGUGAAAUUAAAUAA